UCUGACCAUGCUCACCUAGCAGGAGUUAUCGAAACUUGACAUGGCGGACGGGGAAUUAAAAACUCCCUUGUCGACAACGCCAACCGAAGAUUUUAACCCACUGGCGGAAGAUCCAGACAAAUUCAUCAGUGGACAUUCUCCUCAAAGACAAGGUCAUCAUGAUGCAGAUUGUAGUGGAAGUGAAGAAGAGAGUGAUUACCAAUGUAAUUCUAUGGAAGAAAUGUCAACAGGAAACUUGUAUGGUGUCACCCCACCAACUUAUAUGCGUGGAGUAAAAAGAGACAAGAAAAAACACCAGACAAACAUUCAAAAAUCAUCCUAUAAACAAUUCACAGAACUGAAGAAGGCCUCCAAGAAGUCCCAUCGAAAUGCGGUUAUAAAAGAAAGGUAUGCAAAUGACCCUUUAUUUUGCAAACUUGGACAUAUAGACUCUGAUGACAAUUUAGACAAGGAUUUUGCAGACGAUAAAGAUAAGAGAAGCAUGGAUCGACGAGAAAUGAGAAAGAAAAGCAUGACUAAAACAAUUGCUCAUGAGCGCUUGGCAAAGAGAAGUUCUAGCGAUUUAGCUGCCAUAGACACAUCUACAGUGGAUGUUCCUGUGCCUCAGGCGGCCGCAAAAUUUGACACCUCUGGAAGAUUUUCUUCCUUUAAUUUCGGCAGUAAAUUGCCAGUGGAUAGUUCCGGCAGAUUCACAUCGUUUAAUUUGAAAUCUCAUCCCCUCUCCAUGAUGGGACAGUCUCUGAGCUCAAGCUGGUCUGUUGGAAGGAGUGAACACAGGAGGCAGUCUGUGGUAAAUGUGGAAGUGCCCAAAGAGAGAGUGGAUUUUUUCAAGAUAUUCUCAACGCUGCUUAAUAUGGGCUCAAAUUCCAAAAAAGAGAAAGACGCAAAGGGAGUGAAAGAAAAAAUGAGUUACAGAAGGCAGAUCAGUUCAGAGCAGGAAUUGUGGCAAGAACGUUACAAGGAUUACCUGUGGCUGGAACUUCAGAUGGAAAAAAAUGGAUUUCAGAAUCAGCUUGAACAGGAGGAAUUUCUACAAAAUGAGAGAGCAAAAAUUCCAGGUGUGAUUGAAGAGAUACUGAAUUUUAGGUUUGAAUGUUCAGUAGAACUUAGUGACAGCAAGAGUGAAGAAGAUUCCUAUGCUAAUCGGCAGAAUGAAGGGACUGCAUAUUCAUUCACUCUUUCAAGUGAAACUGUCGCUCAACAGAGGGAAGCUUUGAAAUACGUCCAAGAAUUGCUGGACAAACUAGAUUCUUGUGAGAAACUGUUUCCAACAUCAAGGUCCUUUGCAAAAGAAUAUGAAAUGUAUAAAAAUGAACAAUUUACUCAAAGAGUGAAAUCACUUUAUCUUUGGCAAAGUAUUACCAAAGAUCUGUGCCACAAAAUAAAAAAAUUAGGACUAGUACUUGGUGCACAACACGCAUCAGAUUUAGACUGGCCGGUUAUAGAAAGUCCCCGAUCAUCGGAGGAAUUUGAUUUUACAGGUUUAAAUAGAGUAGAUAUUCCUAAAAUUCAAGAAUCUGUCAGUGGAAAUAGCGAAGACGAAGUUGAAAUUCCAUCACCAGAAUGUUUAGGUGCACAGACAGACAAUGCUAAGCGUGUAACGUUUACACUCCAUCCUUCAAGGGCAUCAAAGAUCAGUAGUCCGGACUCCUCUGAGAUUCCUUCGAGAGGAUCCAAGUUGUCCUCGACCUACUCCCUCGGUAGUCUCUCUCGAGCCUCCAGUGAAGCCAGCCUUGAUGAGCUGCAUCACACUUCAGCCAAACUGUUGUUUAGAAAGUAUGUAGACAAGACAUUAAAGCGAAUGGGCAUGAAUAAAAUGUUGUUGAGGUUCAAAGAGCUCUUGGACAGAACGUUACAGAGAGCAAGAGAAGCUUUACAGAGACCAAAGACUCUCCCUCAGUUAGAAAUGCAGUCACCAGAGGUAGAUGGCACAGUCCAGCUCUCAUCCUCACCCUCCUUGGAUCUCCACUACGCCGACGCUAGCUCCACAUCCAUCAAUUUCCACCGAAGUUCCAGCCUCACAGAUUUCGGAGCUUGGUGCGAACAGUUCAUCCAAAUGGGCUUGCCUUCAUUCCAGUCCAGCUACCUAUUUCUACUGCAUGUGUUUCUGGAAGUCAUUCAUGAAGCCUUGCGGCUUCGCCUGGAGCAGAGACCUGUUAUCGACCCCUCGUUUCUCAGCAUAAGACCGCUUUUGAGAGAAUGCAAAGAGGUUUUGAGGGGAGCGGUGAUAGUCAAGCAGUAUUUCCAGACCAUGGUGGACGAGGUAACAUCAGAAGGGGACACCAACACAAUGAAAGAUCUGGAAGAGUUUGACAACGAUGUCCGCCAGAUGUUAGAAGUGUAUUUCACAUACCUACAGAGCUGGAUGUUGGCUCUCCAGAGUCUCCCUGAGGCAUCUCUCAGUCUGAAAAAUGUCCUGGAGUCAGAAUGGCUCUUCACCAAGCAGAUAUGUCCCCAUGUUAUUGGAGGGGAGGCAGAAGCAGGCAAACGAUUCAGCUCACUGGCCAGUAGUCUGCUGAAUUCUAUUGCGGACUUUUUGGAGAGCGGAAUUGAUGAUUUCUCAACAAGCCUGUACAACUUAACGAUCAACGAUGACAGCGUGGAUAGAUCAGACCCAGGGGAGAAGGACACUAACAACAACAACGACAGCGACACCAAUGAUGAAGUGCAGGAUCAACAGAAGAUGGUGAUCCAGGAUAUCAGGCAUCUGUUUCAACAGACAUCAAGAAAUUGCAAAAAACUCUUCAAUGAAGCAAGAGAAAGGGCUUCAAAAGCAUUAGGAUUUGCAAAAGCACUGCGAAAGGAUCUGGAAAUAGCCGCUGACUUUAACAUUGCAGUGACCACAGUUGAGCUUUUAGCUAAACUAAAAACAACUAAUUUUGUGAUGGUCAACUUCUCGACCAAUGACCCAGGAUAUCUGAUGUUCAUCCCGUCCAGAAUCGCUGACAACCGACGCCUCAUCUUGCAGCUGUUAAAUGUGACUUGUGGACGAGAAGACUUAAGCGCCUCAAUACAAGACCUGGGUACGCUCAAAGAGGACGGCUACCUACUAAUGGUGUGUUGUCAGGGCGGGCAGGGGAGUGUGAAGGACUGCCCCUGCUGGUUCGGUCAAAUCGUCAAAGUGGACCCAACAGCUGAAACAGCCAUUGCAUUGUCUCACAUACAGGUAGAAGGCCUACUGCUGGUUGUUAUUCAUUCCUCUCAGCUCAGCGCCCAGAGAAAGGAGUUUGAAUCCUUGAUGGGGAAAACAGUGCAACUUGUGAAUGAGCAGACAUCUUGUCAUCAAGCCAUUGCCGAAUCCUUGACAGAGCUGAAGAGCUCUGCCAUGGAACUUCAGGAAAGAGUGGUCCAAGCCAUCAAAUCAGUGGACGAAAAGUUUUACUGUGAAGAAAUGGCAAACUUUGACGACAACGAGAGAAACCAUCUUUUGAAUCUCUACAGAGAAACCAUGCUCAAGGGAUACAACUUUGGGUUUGAGUAUCUUAGAGAGGUGACUCGCCUGGUCUCAGGCGACACCAAACAGAGGCUGAGCAAACGACUCGUUAACUUUGCCAAAGAGUGGAUGGCCUUUGUCACAGACAAAUGUGAGAAAGGAAGAGGCAUGAGACCCAAGUGGGCUAGUCAAGGAUUUGACUUUCUCAUUGUUGCAUGUGAUCCUAAGGUUCUGGCUUGCUUGACAGAUGAAGAAUAUCAGGAAUUGAAGAAAAGCAUCAAUAGCUGUAUCAGUCAUGUGAUCGGUUCAGCCGACCGGACGCCUGUCAGUCCAACCCACAGUCAAGGAACCUCCCCCAUUCCACGCUCUUCCAGUGUCGACUCUGGCAGACAGCCCUAUUUGCGGUAUCCUUCGUGGCCGGCCGAGCAGGUACAGGGAAAGUUUAACCGCUCCACUUCCAAUAUCUCCAACAAAUCCUCACAGAGCGAGCCCACGCAGGAAUCAAGAGUUAAGCGUCAUUCCAUGGAUUAUCAUGCAGAGGUAGAGAUACACGAGGGUGAUGAUGGGGGCAUUGUGUUGGACAUCCACGCCAAGAAAAACAGAGUUGGAGAGACAGAAGAUUUAAAGCCGAUGGACAGAAGGAAGCGGGCAAUUAUGAGGCUGGAGGAGAGGAGACAGGCCCGCCUCAGGGACUCGGGGGUCAUCGGGGUUGCCACUAGUCGCAAGAUCGAGCCCGACUACCGCAUCAGUGUACGCAGAGUCAACUUCAGAUGGCAAAGAGGACUCAAGAUUGGUGAGGGCCAGUAUGGUAAAGUGUAUUCAGCUGUCAACAUGGACAAUGGUGAAUUGAUGGCCAUGAAGGAGAUGAAGUUUCAAGCCAAUGAUCAUCAAGCCCUGAAGGAGUUGGCUGAUGAAAUUAUCUUGUUUGAGGGCAUGCAGCAUCCAAACCUGGUCCGGUAUUAUGGAGUUGAAGUCCACAGGGAUGAAAUGCUGGUGUUUAUGGAGUACUGUGAUCGUGGAACUCUGGAGGAGGCGGCUAAGAUGGGUCUACCCGAACACAACAUUCGAGUGUACACGCGGGAGAUUCUACUGGCCGUCAAUUAUCUACACGAACAUAAUAUCCUGCACCGUGAUAUUAAAGGUGCCAAUAUAUUUUUAACCUCCAGUGGGUGUCUAAAACUGGGAGAUUUUGGAUGCUCAGAAAAGCUGAAAAGCCACGCAACUUUACCUGGAGAAUUCAACAGUCUGGUUGGAACCAUGGCAUACAUGGCCCCUGAGGUAAUUACAAGAAACGCCUCCCAGGGACACGGUCGAGCCGCAGAUAUCUGGAGUCUGGGAUGUGUGGUGAUAGAGAUGUCCACAGGAAAGAGGCCCUGGUAUGACCUAGAAAACAGUGCCCAGAUCAUGUUCAAGGUGGGCAUGGGGGGAAAGCCCCAGAUUCCGGACACCCUGAGUGCUGAGGGCAAGGAUUUCCUGGGUCACUGUUUUAUGAGUGACCCCCCAGACAGAUACACAGCAGCAGAACUACUGGAUCAUCCUUUUGUCAAGGUUGAGGAACAAGAUGGCGAGACUUCUUAGUGAAGAGUACUGCUGCGACUGAUGGCAUUUUGUUGAUGAUUUUACAGAUAUAUAGCAUUUGUUCUCUGUGAGGCAAUCUUGAAUGAAUUCAAUUCAUGUUUUUUGCCAGACAUUAAAUCUUAACAUUGUUGUUUUAAAUUAAAAGGUUGUUUUGUAAUAUA